CUGGGACAGAAUGUUGUCAGAGAUAGAACGGCUUAUUUUUUAGAAUAUUGUUAGGUCUACCAUAACGUACGCUGUUCCGUCCGCUCUCGCAACGUCUCGCAGAGGACAGCCAGCUACCUACCGAUCAAGUUAAUCUACUUGUUUGAUGAACACACGCCGGGUUCUCCAGAAGCAAGUCACAUUCACGCUACGGUGUCUGGUACGGUUCAAGUCUCUGCACUUACGCGUUUUGGAAAUUUGGAUCUUUCUUUUCUCAAUGAAGAUGGGUGAUAUGAUAUUCGAAGAACUGGAGGAUUUGAUGCAUUUUUCAGUCCACGACCUUCCAAACCGGGGCUAUGCGGUCAUGGAGGAGAUCAGAAGACAAGGGAAACUCUGUGAUGUCACCUUGAAGGUGGGGGACCACAAGUUCAGCGCCCACCGGAUAGUCCUGGCCGCCUCCAUCCCGUACUUCCACGCCAUGUUCACCAACGACAUGAUGGAGUGCAAGCAGGACGAGAUCGUCAUGCAGGGCAUGGACCCCAGUGCCCUGGAAGCCCUGAUAAACUUCGCGUAUAACGGCCACGUGGCCAUCGACCAGCAGAACGUGCAGGCACUCCUCAUCGGCGCCAGCUUCCUGCAGCUACAGAAUGUCAAGGACGCCUGCUGCUCCUUCCUCCGAGAAAGGCUCCACCCCAAGAACUGCCUGGGCGUGCGGCAGUUCGCGGAGACCAUGAUGUGCACCACGCUGUACGACGCGGCCAACAGCUUCGUGCACCAGCACUUCGUGGAGGUGUCCAUGUCGGAGGAGUUCCUGAGCCUGCGGUCGGAGGAGGUUCUGGAGCUGGUCGGCUGCGACGAGCUCAACGUCAAAGCCGAGGAGCAGGUGUUUGAGGCGGUGCUGGCGUGGGUGCGGCACGAGCAGGAGGAACGGGAACCCCGGCUCCCUGAGCUGCUGUCCAAAACGCGCCUGCCCCUCUGCCGGCCCCAGUUCCUGGCUGACCGCGUGCAGCAGGACGAGCUGGUCCGCUGCUGCCACAAGUGCAGGGACCUGGUGGACGAAGCCAAAGAUUACCACCUGAUGCCAGAACGCCGCCCCCACCUCCCCGCCUUCAAGACCCGGCAGCGGUGCUGCACCUCCAUAGCGGGUCUCAUAUACGCUGUGGGGGGGCUGAACAGUGCAGGUGACUCGUUGAAUGUAGUGGAGGUCUUUGACCCGAUUGGGAACUGCUGGGAGCGCUGUCAGCCAAUGAGCACCGCUCGGAGCCGCGUAGGCGUGGCCGUGGUCAACGGGCUGCUCUACGCCAUCGGCGGAUACGACGGCCAAUCGCGGCUCAGCACGGUGGAAGUGUACAACCCGGAGACGGACACGUGGACGCGGGUGGCCAGCAUGAACAGCCAGCGCAGUGCGAUGGGCACCGUGGUGGUGGACGGACACAUCUACGUGUGCGGAGGCUACGAUGGCAAAUCCUCUCUCAAUUCAGUGGAGUGCUACUCUCCAGAGGCAGACAGGUGGACGUUAGUGACGGAGAUGAGCGCGAGCCGCAGUGCAGCCGGCGUGACUCUGUUCGACGGCAGGAUCUUCGUUUCCGGCGGCCAUGACGGUCUACAGAUCUUCAACACGGUGGAGUACUACAAUCAGCACACAGCCUCGUGGCACCCCGUGGUGGGAAUGAUGAACAAGCGGUGUCGGCACGGCGCGGCGGCCCUGGGUAGCCAGCUGUACGUGGCCGGGGGUUACGACGGCUCGGGGUUCCUGAGCGGCGCGGAGGUGUACAGCUCGGCGGCGGACCAGUGGAGCCACCUGGUGGCCAUGGGCACGCGGCGCAGCCGGGUGUCGCUGGUGGCGAACUGCGGCCGGCUGUACGCGGUGGGCGGCUACGACGGGCAGUCCAACCUCGGCUCGGUGGAGGCGUACGACCCCGAGAACAACCGCUGGACGUUCAUGGCGCCCAUGGUGUGCCACGAGGGCGGGGUCGGCGUCGGCUGCAUACCGCUGCAGCCGGCCUAGCCUCGGGCUCCGCCCCUUUUUUCGACAGGGGGAUGAACUAUUGUUUUUUUUUUUCAUUUUAACGUUUUUUUUGCGAAAGGCUGAUCUGACUUCCAAAAAAAGCGAUGGUGGUGAUGAUGAUGAUGAUGAUGAUGAGGGCUGUGACAAGAGAGAUAUGGCGGGAUGUAACCAUUGGACAUCUGUCCCUUUUUCCAGAAGAGGUAGUAGCGACUGAACUGAACGGUUCUGUUUUUUUUUUUUUUGUUUUUUUUUAGGGCUUUCAUUUCAAGCCUUGUGAAAUGGAAUGGCACAAUCCUACAUAGUUCCACACACACACACACACACACACACACACACAGAGCUGUCCCCCUCACGGUGGAGGCAGUGGACAGGGCUGUGAUGCUCUCUCUCUCUCCAGUGGAUCAUGUUUCAGAGGCUGGUCAUCCACUGCCGAUGGGGGGGGAAUGACAGGACCGUCCCGGGCAGGACCGUCCCAGGGGGCCCCCUCUACCAAGAGAUCUACCUGCGCCUGCAACACACGGGGUACACACAUUUCCACACACCCCCCCCCCCCCCCCCCCCACACCGUUUCUUUCCAUUACAGCCAUGGGAACAGUGUACCUGCAGAUACUGCAGUACAGCAGUGGAGGUACAUGUGCAGUAGUGGGGAGGGGUGUGUGUGCAGUGGUGGUGUGUGUGCAGAGGACACACAGCACAAGAAGAAGGAUUCUGCCUGUGCCACCCAGAGCAAGAUCUGACUGCUGGGAAAUCUGAAGAGCUGUACACACACGGAGACGCACACAUAUGCACACACACACACACACACACACACACACACACACGCCGUGACUGCUAGGGAGGGGGAGGUGCAAAUAAUUAUUUUUAACUGGAAUAUUGUUGGGGGGGGGGGUAAAUUGCUUAAUAUGGUACAGCAUGACUGGUGAUUAACACACAAGUUCAUUAUUGGGAGAAAAUAUUGAAUUAUUGUUCAAUAUUAUACUGAACAAUGUUGUGUUGAGUGGGAUAAUUCACAGAAUCUUCCUUUAUUAUUAUUAUUAUUAUUAUUAUUAUUAUUAUUAUUAUUAUCCCAUUUUCAGUUUAAACUCAAAUGGGAAAUUCUACUUUGAACCAGGGCACAGAAGCUAAUUAAUAGUUUUUUGGUUUUUUUUGGGGGGGGGGGGGAGGGGGACAGGUCUGGAUGUAACACUGUCAGUAGAAACCCCGUCGCGGGUUCAGACGAAAGUUUUAUUUGGGGGGGUUUGUGACGGACUGGGACGCGUGCAAUCGGCCGGGCCGCUGGUCCCCGCGCACCAGCAGCGUCCCGCCCUGGUGUCAGAAUGUACCCCCCUGCUGCUCCUCUGUCCCGUUCCGGACACCCACGCUCCAGGCCCGGGACGGGCGCAGGCCAAAACCCGACGCGCGCCGCCUGGACGUGUUUUUUUUUUUUUUUUUUCUGCGGCGCGGGUCACUGUAAAAAAAAAACACGGCGUGACUCGGGAGUGACAUCAGGUGACAGUUACGAUGACAGAGAGGGCGGGCGGCUCAGGUUGCCCCGGUGACGGCUGCUUUCUCCUUUGCGGUCACACCUCCGGGCCGGUGUGUAAUCUUGUGACACGCUGGUGUGUCAUUUUUCGUGACACAUUUUUGAUACCAAAAACAAAACAAAACAAAACAAAAAAAAAAACAAAGAACAGCUUGCGGCCAGAGCGGCUGUUUAAUGUUCUUUCAACAUUCUUACAACGUUAAUGAUGGCGAUGUUGCAGAUGACCUUUUGCUAUCUGGUCACCAUGGAGGGGACGGACUUAAAAUAUCAACAUUCCAUCUGAAACUGGGCCCAUUUGUGUGUCUGUUCAACGGCUCCGAUGUCCCCUGAGCGGUCCGAGGCAUUUUGUUUUGUACGGACGCUCGUCAGACUGAGGCCCAGGGUCGGUGUAACCAGACUGCUCUCUCCGAUAACCUUACUUUUAAGCAACAGAGCAACAGCGUUUCGCCAGCAGCCUAAUUGAAUAUUUUUAGCGUGAAGAAAACUUUGUCGAAGUGAAGGAAAAAGUGCGAUCAAAUCUGUUGCUGCAGUCUGAUGCAAAUUAAUGUGGGAUUAACUACUGUGAAUUCAUAAAAUUGAUGUUAAUAAUUGUCAUUGCUGCAUUUUUCUGCUGAUAUUAUUGUAACGUACAUUUUUUGUAUCUUCCGAUUAUGAUUGCAGUAUUUUUUACAACUGAUUUUUUGGUACUGUACCUCAGACUUGUUAAUAUUUAUUUUUCGUUAUGUUUUGUUUUCUCUUGGUGCAUUUGCACGUACCUGUUAAUAACUUUUAACUCUUGGAAAACUUGUAAAUUGUAAUAACUGUUAUAAUUAUUGAAAUCUAAACCUGAAUGUUUAUUGAAAAUGUUGAUCUCUGUUUCCGGUCCUCCGGUGUUUUGUUACCUACAAAACCUUGGUGUUACCUUGGUGACGGGUGAUUGUUCAACAUUAAAAGGAAAAGGACUUUCAUUUCCAAUUUCUUUCCACUGAAAAUCCAGCUGGGAUCUUUGUCUUGUUGAGUAGGAAUGGCUGAUAAAAGACUUAUGUACUGUACAAAUGAAA